UCAGAUUCCUCAAUUUUUGUUUGUUUUCUCUAUCUGUGUAAGAGAAGUAAUUUUCUUGCCCGGCCUAGAUUUCUGUGUUUCCUCUUUUACGCCGCCGGCGAGAAAUUUGAGAGAUGGAAACAGGUUCAAAGGUGAAGAAAGGUGCAGCGGGAAGGAAGGGAGGUGGACCAAAGAAGAAGCCCGUCUCUCGUUCCGUCAAGGCUGGUCUGCAGUUUCCUGUUGGGAGGAUCGGCCGUUACUUGAAAAAAGGUCGUUACUCUCAGCGCGUUGGAACGGGUGCUCCAGUGUAUAUGGCUGCUGUGCUCGAAUAUCUCGCAGCUGAGGUUCUGGAGUUGGCCGGAAAUGCAGCCAGGGACAACAAGAAGAACAGAAUCAUCCCAAGGCACGUUCUUUUGGCGGUGAGGAACGACGAGGAGCUUGGAAAACUCUUAGGUGGUGUAACAAUUGCUUAUGGAGGUGUUCUUCCCAACAUCAAUCCUGUUCUCUUACCCAAGAAGUCCGAGAAGGCUGCCACAGCCAAAGAGCCCAAAUCUCCCUCUAGGGCCACCAAGUCACCCAAGAAGGCUUAAUUUGUUGCAUCUUGAAUGUGUUUGUUGAUGUGUAGAUCUUCUUAACAAUUCGAAACAUUGUACUCAUUGAAUCCCUGUCCUUGUUGUUAGGGCCCCCUUAAUCAAUGAAACAUGAUUGUGUA